AUGCCUGACAAGUUGAAAUGGAUGUCAGAUUCAGUGGUUUGCAGGCCUGACAGAAAGUGUUUAAAGUUGAAUCUUGUAUGCCAUGCACAAGCACAACAAAAUUGAGCAUCUUAGCAAUGCAAGCUUGGCAACAUUGAAGAGUUUUCAGCAAGAUGAAGAGACGCACUCAAAGUCAGCCAGCCAGCAAAGUUUUUGAAGAUGGCAGCCGCGCGGCCACCUCUCAAAGUCGGCGGCCGCCGCUGCGUGUAGUGCAGUGGGCGUCGGAUCGCGUCAGGGGCAGGUGGUGAGCGGAUGGCGCUCGAGAAGGCCGGUGCCAACCCCGAGAUGAAGUCGCCCGGUCUACUGCGGAGAGUCUCGUCCCGGUUCAUCGGCGGCUUCGAGUACCUCUUCUACCAGCACGGGUACACGGUAUGCCGACACCCAUACCUCUACAUCGUCUCGGUUCUGGCCAUUACCGUGGCCUGCGGAAUCGGCCUGCUCAACUUCCACCAGGAGAACCGGCCGUUCAAACUCUGGAUACCGCAAGACUCGGACUUUGUCAAAACGUACGACUGGAUGCAGGACAAUUAUCCGAGAGAGUUCCGUUUCGAGAACGCUAUCGUCACGGCUGAGAAUGUUCUGGAGCCGGCAGUGAUACAAGAGAUGCUGCGGGUGCAUCAGCGGGUGUCGGCAGUCCCCGGUGCUGGCCCGGCGUGGUCGGACGUCUGUGCACGACUACCAUCCCUGGCUGCGCCCGAGGACGAGGUCUAUGAGACAGAGGACGAAGUCCCGGACCCAUCUCUAGUCUCUGAGGACAGCCAGACCGACUCAGCAGUGUCCGAAACGCGCCGCCGCCGCCGCCGCCGCCGUCAGGCCAGUCAGCGGCCCGAGUUUGAUGUCUCGGGGUACGACGACUUCGACCCGUCGGUCAGCCUGCCAACCAGCCUGCACUGUAUGCUGGUGGAGGGCAUGGAGCGCCCCUGCUGGGAGGCCAGUCUGCUCGAGCUGUGGCGCUUUAACGAGCGGCGCAUCGCCAACCUCACCAGGGAGCAGGUGCUCACUGCUGUCAACACUGCCGCCUAUAGCCCUGUGUUCGGGUACCGGUUCAACGUCUCCCGCUACCUGGGCGGCGUUCAGCGCAACAGUACGGGUCACGUGAUCUCCGCCAGCGCCGCGUUUUUCGCCUGGGCAGUUCGAAGGGACCCGGACGCCGAAAAUGUCAUCGUCAGCGACACAGGAACGGGCGAGCCGGUGGACGAGAACACUCUACUGUUUGAGAACCACUUUCUGUCCGUUCUUAGCUCUGCGCCUUCACUUCACGGAGUCACAUGGUACUACAGCGCCGGAAAAAGUUUCGGAGAGAUCAGCAACUCGACCAUCUUCGGCGACGUCAAGUACCUGGUGCUGGGAUACGUGGUGAUGUUCAUCUACAUCCAGCUGAUGCUGGGUCGCUGCAACAUGGUCGAACACAGGACAUACCUCUCGAUAAUCGGCGUGGCCAGCGUGGGCCUGGCGGUGGUGAUCUCGUUAGGCCUCUGCUCGGCACUGGGCGUGUUCUUCGGGCCGGUGCACAACAUCCUACCGCUGCUGCUGCUCGGUCUGGGCGUGGAUGACAUGUUCGUAGUCCUGCAGUGCUGGGAAACUCUGCCGGCCGCCGACCGGCACCGACCGCUCCCCGAGCGGGUCGGCCGAGCCCUGCAGCACGCCGGUGUGUCCAUCACCGUCACCAGUCUCACCGACUUUGUGGCGUUCGGCAUCGGCGCGUCCACGGUGCUUCCCUCGCUGCAGUCGUUCUGCAUCUACGCGGCGGUCGGCAUCAUGGCCGUCUACUUCAUCCAGGCCACCUGGUUCGUAGCCUGGUUUACCCUGGACCAGCGGCGCAUUGAGGCGCGGCGCGACGGCCUGGUGCCCUGCUAUACCCACCGCAACUGGGUGCCGAACACAUGCAGUCAGCGCAACUACUUCCAGAACUUUUUCAGCAGAGUGUACGCGCCGGCAGUGCUCAGUGUCCCCGGAAAGGUGAUUGUUCUGGUGGUCACCUGCGCGCUGCUGGCCGUCAACUCGUGGGGCCUGUCGGAGCUACGGCAGGAGUUCAACCCGCUCUGGUUCCUGCCCACUGACUCGUACCUGUCCAUGUAUCACAGAAACGUCGAGCGCUUCUUCCCCAAUGAAGGUCACGAAGGCGUCGUGUUCCUGAGCGGGCUCCACCUGGCAGACAACCUGCCGCAGAUGGCUCUGCUCUCGCAGAAGCUGCGCGCUGAACCCAGCAUUGAGCACGUGGACUCGUGGUACGACGAGUUUCAGUUCUAUGUCAACUACAACGAGUACGGAGAGCUGCCGGAGCGGUUCGCCGACGGCUACGAGUUUCUGCCGCUGCUGGGCCAGUUUAUGUUCAGCCCGCGCGGAGGCAAAUACCAGAGUUUCAUCCAGUUCAACGGCACACUGACCUGCGGCGAGCCGGCGCCUCCGAUCACGGCCUCGAUGAUCACAUUCACGCACCGCCUGAUGGACGGGCCACGGGAGCAGAUCCCUGCUAUGGUGCGCGUCAAAGAGCUGGUCAACUCCGUCAACUUCACCGGCGAAGCACCGCUGGUCCAGCCGCUGGCUGAGGCCUACGCCAGCUGGGAGACGGACCAGGUGAUCGAAUACGAGCUGUACCGCAACAUGGGCCUGGCCAUGGUGUGCGUGUUCGUGAUGGUGCUGCUGCUGAUCGCCAAUCUCACCGUCUGUCUGCUGGUGCUCACCUGUGUUCUCGUCACGCUGGUGGACGUGGGCGGUCUGAUGCACUUCUGGGGUCUGACUAUCGACACCGUCUCCUGUAUUGACGUGGUGCUGGCCAUCGGUCUGUGUGUCGACUACGCCGCCCACGUGGGGCACACGUUCCUAACGGAGCGGGGCGACCGUCGCCAGCGGGCCGCCGACACGCUGCGAGACAUCGGACCGGCCGUCUUCAACGGAGGCUUCAGCACGUUCAUCGCCUUCGUCUUCCUGGCCACCUCCACGUCGCACGUGUUUGUGACGUUCUUCAAGGUGUUUUUCGGCGUCACCGUGUAUGGCCUGUUCCACGGCCUCGUUCUUCUACCAGUGCUGCUGAGCCUGGUCGGACCGGAGCCCUACCUGCCGGCGCGUACAGACAUGGAGCUGGUCUCUGGGGAGGAGAAGAGGGCAGCGCCGCAGGAGGGGGACGCCGUCCGAGAGGAGGAUGGGACGCGGCCGGCACAGACGGAUAUAUCCGAUGUGAAGUACGCACCAGCCGUGGCCGAUGCACACAUCACAGCGAUGGCAUAGCCUCAGUCAUGUUCCUCAUUAGAUCAGAUACCUCAGCGUGCGAGAGUGUAUGUCAGACUUCCAUGGGCGCCGGGGGUAGGGUGUUUGACCGCUGCGGCCCCUACUGGAGCUGAUAGACUUUGAGAGUGGUUGUGUAAUGACGGUUAGACCGUGUAACCGACGAUCUCGGUGUUUGAUUGAAUGAAACUGUGAGACAAGUCCUGACGAGGAAGGAGAGGAUGAGAUGUGAUAGAGGUAUAAGUGAAUGUGUUGGAGCUGUGACGACUUUGUUCGAUAACAUCGCACAGUCCUGAAGGGCACAGAUGGAGCUGGCUGUGGCAAAUGUCUAAUUGCCGCCGUGUGGGUUUGUCUUGGGAUUUGUUUGGGUAGGCCCCGUGUGACGGGGAUCUCCACUCUGCCGCCGUCCAGCGGUGGAGCGGACAGUGAUAUGGCUGGUGCCAGCGCAGACCGGAUAUUUCUUCAUGUGAUGAUCGUGCCAGGUACGGUGAUCCUUGUCAUUGGUUGGCGAGCGAGCGAGUGAGUUUGUCUGUGGUUUAACGGAAAAUCUCAGUAUGAGCGGGCUGACCCGUAGCGCCAUGCCGACCAUAGCGUCGAUAGUGAUGAAACCGUUUGUGGCAGUGGCUGGUCGCAAUCUAUUAAGUACGCCGUGGGCUUCGCUCUCUGUGUGUCCUACCCUCAUUCGACCUGACCUCCCUGGACCUCCCAGUGAGGCAUCGAUCAGGAUCAGACUUGCCGGGAUGGGGUAGGAUCCUGGCUAGUCCAGACUGGCUGGCCGGGCUGCCUGCGGCUAGUUUUGAUAUGUUUCCAAAGCCAUCACUGUUAUGAAAAAGUUAUGUCUUACUCUUCGAAUCAGAACUUUCUGCAUUUGAGUGGAAUUUGCUUGUUCUUACUCGUGAGACCACUCAAAUCUGGCUAAAAACAAAUAACGGGAGGCCCGUCUAGAAAAGCUCUGCAGUCACUUGCCUAUAUGUUUGCCUUGAUCUUCUUGUAUUGUGUGUGCUCUGAUACUCGUAUCGUAUCCCCAAGACGUUCCAGAUUAACGUC